CGAAUAAUGGUAUAGCAGCUGUUAAAGAGAUUAGAUCUAUUAGAAAAUGGUCUUAUGAAACCUUUGGUGAUGAAUGGUCAAUACAGUUUACUGUGAUGGCUACUUCUAAAGAUUUAAAGAUUAAUGCUGAUCAAUAUAUCGAAGUACCUAAUAAUUAUAUUUAUUUAAUGGGACAUGCAUCCGAGAACCCUAAAUUACCCGAAUCAUUAGCGCAGAGUAAACAUAAGAUGGUUUUCAUUGGUCCUCUUAGUUCAGCAAUGCGUUCGUUAGGUGAUAAAAUAUCAUCUAUAAUCGUUGCUCAAUCCGCAAAUUUUCCUACGAUGGAUUGGAGUGGUCAUGUUAUUAUUUCCGAAAGUGUUUACGAAGAGGCGUGCAUCAAGGACGUUGAUGAUGGGUUAAAUAAAGCAAAUGCUAUCAGGAUCAAAGCUUCAGAGGGUGGAAGAGGAAAAGGAAUUAGAAAAGUGGAAAAUCCAGAUAAUUUUAAGCAACCAUUUGCUCAAGUUCAAGGUGAAGUUCAUGGUUCACCGAUUUUCAUCAUGCGACUUGCUCGAGAUGCUCGUCAUCUUGAAGUUCAAGUUUUAGCGGAUAAAUACGGAAUGCGAUCUUCUUAUUUGGAAGAGAUUGCUCCCGUUACGAUUGCAAAACAAGAGACAUUUGAAUCGAUGGAAAAUACUGCUGUCAGAUUAGCUAAAUUAGUUGGUUAUGUUAGUGCGGGAACCGUUGAACAUCCUACGACAGAAAUGGUUUCUGGUGUGAAUUACCUGCUGCUCAAUUACAAAUCGCUAUGCGGAAAUCCUGACGCAGGAUUUAAACCAAGUAGUGGUAUGGUGCAUGAACAUUAUUUUCGCAGCAGCACGAAUGUUUGGAAUAUUUCUCGGUCAAUUCUGCCGGUGGCCUUCAUGAGUUUGCUGAUUCUCAAUUUGGUUACAUUUCGUUAUGGGGAGAAUCAUCAACAAUCUCGAAAGAAUAUGAUAGUCGUGCUUAAGGAAUUGUCUAUUCGUAGGGACUUUAGAACCACGUUUUACAACGGGACAACGGGUUGGUUGGACGUGUUAAUAUCUGAUGAAAAUCUAACGGUCGAAAAGCCUGAUAAAAUGUUGUCUGUGAUAUGCGGCAUCCAUUAUAAAUUUACCGCUAUUAGAUCAGCUCCAGAUUCUUUCACACUUUACUUGAAUGGAUCAAGGGUGCAAGUUUCUGUUCGAUGGUGGGUUAUUAAAAAUGAUCCAACACAACUUCGUUCGCUCUCUCCUGGAAAGCUUGUGAGAUGUUUGGUGGAGUCUGGCGAUCAUGUAAAAAGAGGUGACGCUUACGCUGAAAUUGAAGUAAGUUUUACAAUUUUUAUCGAUUCGUAG